GAUCCACAGUAUGCGUCCUAAUUCUACACCACUGAGAUAGUAUCUUCUAAAUGCUAAAGUGAACUUGAAUACAAACUCUUGAGAUGAUGUAUUUACUGUUACAUCAAACAUAAAAAUGUAUCUGGCAAGUUCUCUCAGGAAAUCACAAGAAUUGUGGACUGAACUAUGAUACAGAGCUAUCAGUACAUGGCACAAGACCAGAAGCCUCUGAUAUAAAAACAAGCAAAACAUUUGUGAUCAGCUCAUCAGUAAAGCUGCUGACCUACAACAUGGAUCUCACACUUUUAGCAACGUUGAUACUUGUCUUUUUGAUAUCCCUUAUGUUUAUCUACUCAACAUGGGAUAAAAUGUACCGGUGGAGAAAUUUACCACCCGGACCCACGCCACUCCCGAUUAUUGGAAGCUUGUUGUAUAUAAAGCAUGGAGAGCUGGUAAAAUCCUUAAACCAGCUCAGAGAGAAAUAUGGCUCUAUAUAUACUCUCUACUUUGGGUCAAGGCCCGUAGUAAUCCUCACUGGCUAUGAAAUGGUCAAAGAUGCUCUUAUUGACCAAGGAGAUGACUUUGCCAACCGUGGGCGAAUGCCAACAAUAGACAGAUUCUUCGAGGCUCACGGGAUGAUCCUCAGCAAUGGAGAACGCUGGAAACAGCUGCGUCGCUUUACCCUGAUGACCCUACGAAAUUUUGGCAUGGGGAAGAGGAGCAUGGAGGAAAGAGUCCAGGAAGAGGCUCAGUUUUUAGUUCAGGAGCUGAAAUCAUACAAACAGUCAGCAGUUAAUCCUACCAAUAUCUUGGUUCAAGCUGUAUCCAAUGUCAUCUGCUCCAUUGUAUUUGGGAAUCGGUUUGAGUAUGAUAACCUAAAGUUUCUUAAGAUUCUCAAUCUAUUUAAUGAAACUUUUCUGCUGAUGGGCUCCACUUGGGGACAGCUGCAUGACAUGAUUCCAGAAUUAAUGGACCACGUACCUGGUCCUCAUCAGAGAAUAAACAAGCUCUUAGAUGAAUUGAUGGUGUUUAUCAAUGAAAGAGUGAAGAUCAAUCAGAAAUCAUUUGACCCCUCCAACCCUCGGGAUUUCAUUGACUGUUUUAUGAUUAAAAUGAACCAGGAGAAACAGAACCCCAACUCUGAAUUUAACACAAAGAACUUGCUAUUGUCAGUAUUGCAAUUAUUUUUUGCUGGGACAGAAACUGUGAGCGGUACGCUAAGACAUGGCUUUUUGAUCCUGCUUCGAUAUCCUGAGAUUCAAGAAAAACUGCAUGAGGAGAUUGCUCACGUCAUUGGGGAUAAUCGAAGCCCAAAUAUUGAAGAUCGGAGCAAGAUGCCAUAUACUGAUGCCGUAAUUCAUGAAAUCCAAAGGUUUAGUGAUGUUCUACCUCUAAAUCUUCCACAUUCCACAAUUAAAGACAUAACAUUUCAUGGAUAUACUAUUCCAAAGGGUACCGAUGUAUACCCCCUUCUGUACUGCGCUCUCAGAGAUCCGAAGUAUUUUCCAAAUCCAAAUAAGUUUAACCCUGGUAAUUUCCUGGAUAAGGAUGGCAAAUUCAAAAAAGAGGACGCUUUUAUUCCAUUUUCAACAGGAAAAAGGAUCUGUGCUGGUGAAGGAUUGGCUAAAAUGGAGCUAUUUCUCUUCUUUACAACCAUCAUACAGAAUUUCAAGCUAACUACCAAGAUGCAUUUAACUGAUGCUGACGUCAGCCCGAAGAUGACUGGAUUUAGCAAUGUUGCAAUACCUUACGAGGUUUCAUUUAUUUCCCGCUAGAAGCCGGUUUCUCCUGCAGGAUAUUAUCCCACAUAGCAGUUGCUCCUUUAGAAACUAAUAAAUAAUUGAUUAGAGUAGAAGAUUUCAGACUUGAUUACAGAUUUAGUGAAACCUUUUUGAGUCAACCUCCCAAAAUUGCAUUAAAAAAUGUGUUUGAGAGGCCUGGUCCUCUUGAUGAAGAUGGCCAAUGUAUAUAGUUUAGAAUAAAAGUGAAAUAUGUCACCAAAAAUGUUGUCUAGAUGAAAGGGUGAUUUUUUUUUUAGAGAGUUUCAUUGUACCUACAGUAUAUCCGGUGGCUUACUUAGAGAAGUAAGGGCCCCACAGCAAGGAUUAAACCAGCCCCCCCUCCACACAGAACAGUAGGGUUUCUGCCUAAACCCUUUUCAAUGACCCUUGGGACAUUUUUCCACUGCUUCAUUUGCUAAAAGUUGUUUCUUUAGAGGGUAGAGGCCAAGUUUUCACCUCCAGUAGAAGAGGAGAUAAUCCAAACUAAGACUGGGCCCCCUCUUGCCUUGGGACCCACAGCAGUAGCAUGGUCUGCCACUAUGGUAGUUACACCCUUACCUAUACCAGAUGAUAUAAUGUACACUGUCAUUAGAAUAAUUCCUUUACAAAAUGAUACAAAUUAUUAUUAUUAUUUAUUAUUAUUUUAAAACACAGUAAACAAGAAACUAUUGACAGACUGGUUCAGAGGGGUAGAGGACCCUGCUUUGAAAGGAUGGGUCCAUACAGGGAGGGCAAGGGUCAAUUUCACAUAGGCUUUAAUCUCCAAAUCCUUGAGACUUACCAGACACUCCCAGUAGAAAAACAUUUAAAUAGUUUCUUGGAGCUUGUGUUAAUAUGUUUGACUAAGGCUUAGUGAUUCUUUCUUCUGUUUGCUGUUACAUAGCGUCAUUAUUAGGCCACGAUUAAAGAUCCAACUACGAGAUUCUUAACUUUAUGAAUCUUUAAUAUUCGCUGGAGCUUUAAUUACUGUGGCUGCAGGUGUAAUAUAUCGCUGUGUGCACCACGUUCUACUGCACUGACUUUCAGAUUUAGUCCGUUAUUUUAAUGAUACAGUUAGUUAAAUAUUUCGCCCUGUACAAGUGUGGACCCGAAUUCAUCAUCGCUAAUACGAUCUGUUAGUGAAAAAAAUAUUCUGCGUCCUUAUUGCAAUCCCCAAUCCCUAUGACGAACAGCGCUGAGGGCAUCACAGACCUGUUAUUGCUGAACUCCACUUGUCCUUUGUAGAUGUUGGAUGCGGAUCACAUGGAAAUUGGCUGCCCUAUAAGACGAUGACCAAAAAGGGGCCAUUGCUGGUUAUUUGACCGCCUGGGGUCAAAUAACUUGACUAAGGCUUAGUGAUUUUUUCUCUUGGUUUGGAGCAUUGUAGCCCAUAGAAAUACAACAACAAAGGGAGAAACAUUUGGGCUGUCUUCGUACACAUUCACUUUUGUUACUGAUACGGAUACCAACUGCAAAAAUUAUUCAUGUUAUGGCUUCGUACUAGUCUCACAUUAUGCGACACUUUGGCCCCAACCAGUUUUUCUUUUUGUCAGGGGCCUCCAGUAACUUUUAUCUGGCCCAGUGCUCUGUAUAACAUAUUCUUGAUUACUGUGAUAGAGAGUCAUUAAUAUGCAGGGGCUUACACAGAUCUCAAAGGGUCCCCAUAGCAAAACUUAGUAUGGCCACCCACAUUCCCAAUACACAUGUGCAAAUCACUUCCAUGCAAUGCCGAUUGCAAAGCACAAGUCCCCAGAUUUCUGAUGAAUCUAUUAUCAGAAGACAUUGUAAUAAAAAAAAUAAAAAAAAUUAUUAAAAAGUCACCCUUCUAUGUCCCCUCUUUCAGAAAAAUUUGAAAAAGUGCUUCAUAAACAUGGUACUCAUCCUGAACACCAUAUUUCUCAAUGCCAUCACUGUCAUAUAGGCAUGAAUCCAUAACAGAGCCCCCAGAGUGAAAGACAGCACACUGCGCAUGUGCGAUGUGCUCUCCAUUCAUCGUUAUGGGAGUCCAAAAAUAGCCAAGUGAGUAUUCUUUGUUGUUCUCGGAAGUCCCAUGGGGUGAAUGUAGAGCGCACCAUGCAAGCACAGCCAGCGCUCCAUUCACUGCUAUAGAGCUGCCAGAAAUAAGCGCUCAAUUCACUACUAUAGAGCUGCCAGAAAUAGCCCAUAUGAUCUAGAAAAUACAACCUAAUAUUUUAUAUACACAGCCAUCUUCAUGCAACUUUGCGCCAGACCAGGCAAAAUUCAACUUUUCAACUAAAAUGUGUACUCAAGCAAAAUACAAUAUACCUUGCAAGAAACUGUAAGAUGUGAGUUCACACAUAACACACAUGUCUACGUCCGCAGUAAAAAAGACAUGAAAUCUCUAUCAAUACAACCACGGAUUUUUGUAUGGAAAUUAAAUCGAUGAUUAUAUGAGUACAACAUAUUCCUCCCCCCUAGUUAAUCAUCACAAAUCUCUAAACCUUAUCUGUUAACUAAUAUUGAUUUUUUUUUUCUGGAACUGGUUGGAAGUAAUCACUUAUGACACAUGGGCAGAGUGACUACAGAAGUGGUCAGAGGAUUUUAUGCUAACGGUCAGGGGUUACAGGGUAGGGACAAUGUCAAAUGUAAUCUUUAUUGAGUGUAGUUAUGUCUUAUGACUGAUAAGGGGGUAUGAUAACAUGCAUCUAAAGCCAUACAGGGACAGGAGGAAGAUUGCAUGUCCUUUUCUUGUUACUGCACUCUGCUAGCACAUUCCCCACUGUCUCCACCCUGCUUAUUCACACAGCCUGAAUUGAAAGCUGUAAGUCGAGAUCAGUCUUUAAAACCUGUCCAAGUGCAGGACCAUUUCGACUGGUCCAUGCAAGACUGUCCUUGGCUACUGACGUGCUUCCUUGCUAGUGUGUAUAUGUCCUGGAAUGGAAAGUGUUAAAGUUUAACUGUCAUAUUUUUAUUUUAUUUGCUAGUUUAUUACAGCUAGGCAUGCAACAUCUGUAAUUACCUUAUAAUAACAGCUUUCAUUAAUAUCCUCUGUCCCUUUCUACUGCUCUCAUAAAAGACAGUUGCUAUGGCUUGUCUGUCUCUGGCUAUGAAGACAGGAAGACGCCGGGUCGGUCCUUCACACUGGAUGCCUACAGUAGGCUUCAAAGUGAGGAGAGUCAGCAGUUAAUCUUACCAAUAUCUUGGUUCAAGCUGUAGCCAAUGUCAUCUGCUCCAUCGUAUUUGGAAAUCGGUUUGAGUAUGAUAACCUAAAGUUUCUGAAGCUUCUCAAUCUAUUUAAUGAAACUUUUCUGCUGAUGAGCUCCACUUGGGGACAGCUGCAUGACAUGAUUCCAGAGGUAAUGGACCACGUACCUGGUCCUCAUCAGAGAAUAAACAAGCUCUUAGAUGAAUUGAAGGUGUUUAUCAAUGAAAGAGUGAAGGUCAAUCAGAAAUCAUUUGACCCCUCCAACCCUCGGGAUUUCAUUGACUGUUUUAUGAUUAGAAUGAACCAGG